AUGGCGGCCGCCUCGAUGUUCCUCCUCGUCCUCGCCUCCGCGGCCACCGUCGUGGCGCCGGCAUCCGCGGCGGGCGGCGACAACGACAAGGAGACGCACAUCAAGCUGUACUGGCACGACGUGGCGAGCGGCGCGAGCCCGACGGUGGUGGAGGUGGCGCGCGCCGCCGUGACCAACACCUCCAAGAGCUUCUUCGGCGCCGUGAUGGUGAUCGACGAUCCGCUCAGCGAGGGCCCCGACCUCAACUCCUCCUCCUCCGGCCUCCUCGGGCGUGCGCAGGGCACCUACAUCAGCGCCGGCAAGGACGAGUUGUCCCUGCUCAUGAACAUGAACUUCGUGUUCCAGGCGGGAAAGUACAACGGCAGCAGCGUCGCCAUCAUGGGCCGGAACGCCGUGUUCGACGCCGUCCGGGAGAUGGCCGUCGUGGGCGGCACGGGCGUGUUCAGGAUGGCGCGCGGGUACGCGCAGGCCCGGACGCACACCUUCGACCUCAAAACCGGCGACGCCACCGUCGAGUACAACCUCUUCAUCAGGCAAUGA